GAAAGGGGGGGGCUGCUGCUUUCUGCCAUGCAUAGUGUCAGCGGUUGCUCGCUGCUUUAUUUUUAGAGGUGCCUCCAGCUGUGGAGUCAGUAGAUCAGCCACAGUCCUGACUUCACUAAGUGGUGCAUUGUUUUGUCAGAAGCAUCACAAUUAAAAUAAGGCAUAGUAUAUGACAUAAAAUUUAAAAUGUAAAAUACAAGAUUAAAAUAUGUACAAAUUAAGCAGAUCUUGCCCAGAAACUAGCAACAAUAACUGCGUUCUGUCGUGCUGCCGUGAGGUCCUCAAGUGUACACAGAUCAGGAUACAAAAGGCAGAUAUACACAUGUGUUGUGGUCUGCAUGUCACCACAAUCGCAUAGAGCACCAGGUAGCCGCAUUUGUUCAGGGUGUCUCUGGGUCGGUUGUUCCCGUGUGCAGUUUGUUGCAUGAUUUCCAUACUUCCCAGAUUUGGUCAGACCGGGCUGCCAGCUCCUCCGUUGGUUCCAUCCCGUGUUGGUUCUUUGUGGCUUUCGACAGGUCCUCUCUGCUUCCAAAGUCUUCAAAGUCUUCUGUCGACCUAAAGAAGCUUUUCCUGGAUUUUAUGCUCUGCUGAGCUGGCUGUAGGCCGUAGAGAGGAGGGCGUUGUCUAAAUAUUGAUGACUGGAGGCUCUCUGUAUACUGCUGCUUCUCAGCAAACAGCCGGCAGGGCAAUGCUGGCUUGGUGGUGGAUCUUAUCUGGAGGGGAAGGUUUAAGGCAUCUGGUAAUAAUUCUGCUAGCUUCAUUCAGGGCAACGUGUACUUUCCCAGCAUGUACUGAUUUAUACCAGACUGGGCAGGCACAUUUGCCUGCCGAGUAGCAAAGAGCUAGAGCUGUUGCCAUAAGGACUGCUGGUUUGGAAACCCAGGUAGAGCUGGUUAAUUUCCUGAGGAUGUUCUGUCGUCCAUUGACCUUCAGUUUGUUACAGUGCUGCUUAUAUGUUAGGGCCCUAUCCAGAGUGACCCCUGAAUAUUUAGGCCUGUGACAAAGUGAUGUAUUUAUAUCUCUAGAUCCCGCCCGGAGAAAUGGCUUAAACAAACAGCCGAAUGGCUGGGCAGUCGUUAGCUUGUGCCGGGCCCAAAUCGAGAGGGUGUCUUUGGACAUGGUCACCUUGCUGUGUUAGAAGUGCUGCUGCCCAGGCGGCGAACGAGGAGAAGCGGCUGAACGUCCAGUGCAAGGCUGUAGGAGACCAGCCGGACAACGUGUUCUUCCCCAGCAGCCGCCCCAAACAUCUGGAGGAGCUGCACAUCCAGGCGCAGGCGGGACUCAAGUCCUUGCAGAAUCUAGAGAAACAGAAGAAGACCAGGAAGAUCUGGGACCACAGCGAGACCAGCAGUAUCCAGCAGUCUUCCCAGUCCACUGAGGGUGAUGAUAUUUCCAUCCGAAGCCAAGCCUCCUCGUGCACCACAGAAGAUGCCUCCGAAGACGCCAUGUCUGUCCGCUCCGAGAUGAUCCAGAGAAAAGGCUCCACCUUCCGACCACACGAUUCCUUUCCGAAAUCAUCUGGAAAGGGAGAAAAGCGGCGAAGAGAGCGGAGGACCACAGUCCUGGGGCUGCCCCAACACGUGCAGCAGGAGCUGGGCCUGAGCAACGGGCGUGACUCCACAAAACGUCCUGGCAGCAUUGCAGUCAGAGCUGGCCCGACACCGCAGCCACUGGUGAAUGGCAGCCAGUUGCCCGGCCCUGCCAUCCAGAUCCCCACUGUCGAUGGGAAGCCGCUCACCACCGCCCUUCCCAAGGGGGGGGCCCGCGUCUCCCUCCAGGCCCUGGAGGCCCGUUCCUCAGAGGCUGCCCUCCAGCAGCACAUCAACCGCCUCUACUACGAUGACUCGAUGCUGGGCCACAAGACAGCAGCCAAGCUGUCUCCUAUGGCCAGGCCCAAGUCCCUGGCUGUUCCCUGGAUGACCACCCAGCCCAGUUCUCCCGAGCUGUUGAGACCGGUCAUGUCCAUCUCGCCACAGGGCACCUACCUCUCCAAGAUUAUUCCCAACGCCAUCAUGCCGCCCAUGGUGGAUGUCAUUGCUCUGUCCUGCAACCGGGUGCGCACCCUCAGCCGCUGCAGCCUGGCCACCGCCAGCCCGGCCCUCUCGUUGCGCUCCACGGGUCACUUCCCUGCCGCUCCCCGCAGCCGAGAGCACUCCUCCUCCAGCGACAACUGGAGCCACUCGCAGUCCACUGAGACCAUCGUCUCCAAUGCAUCCACCAUCUCCUCCCGUGGGGGCCCCAGUGGCCAGAAGGACGAGGCAGGGCCAAGCGGCAGGGACUCCCCUGCAGGCAGGCCUAACUGUCUCAGUUCUGCCAGCCCUACCAAGUCCAGACCAGCCAGAGCCGCCCCGGCUUCUCCCAGCCUGCUGGGGGUGCGGCUAGCAGGGAGCAGUGGCCGAGCCUCGCCCACUUACAGCACCAGCAGCGUAGCUGAGGGCUCGGACGAUGCAAGCGUGCGCAGUGACCGCUCCUCGAGCCGUAGUGUCUCACUACGGAAGAUGAAGACGGCCCCCUUGCCCCCCCGGAGGACGUACUCCUUGCACCAGAAGGCCCAGCAGCUGGAAGCUGAAGGGGCGCCCCGAGGAACGGGGCUGCCUCCCAAGCCGGAGCGGAGGCCCCACCGGGAAGGUGCACAACACCCCAGCCUGCCCAACGAGGACGACGUCUUCUCCCCCGUCCACUUGGGUGGGACCAGCAGCCUGCAGUCCAGCAAUCUGGCCUGCUCACCAGAUCUCUCUGCCCGGAGCCCAGGGAGGGUCAGCCAGCUGCGGGAGACUGAUGGGAGCGAGGCCCAGGAGCCUGGUUCUCCCCAUCGCUUUGGCCGCACCAUGUCUCCAUCAAGCGGCUACUCCAGCCAGAGCGGCACCCCCACACUGCACCCCAAAAGCCUCCUCUCCCAUGCCGUGUCCCCGGGGAAGAAGAGGCCGCAGCCGAAGAAGCCGGAGCGCAUCUGCUCCCUACAGUCCCCAGGACCCUCCCUCUCCUCCUCCUCCCUGACCUCCCUCUCCUCCUUGGCCUCCGACCCUGCGCCCCCUGAAGGGACGGCCCCGCCCACCCCCGGCUCCCUCCUGGCCUCCUCUCCUGCCGCCCCACGUUAUGUUGACCGCUUUGUGAUCCCUCCCCAUCCAAAAGUCCCGGCUCCCUUCUCCCCACCCCCCACCGAGCCAAAGAGCAAGGAAGGGAUGGUGGCUGCUUUGCCCCCUGGCAGCCAAGCCCGCAAGCAGCCCAGCCCUCUCACCAAGGAGGGCUCACCCCCACCGUCCCCUCCACCAGCAUACCACCCCCCUCCGCCCCCGGUGAAGAAGGCCGAGCCGAGUCCUGAGGACCCUGGAACUGCGCUGGUUCCCUCCGAGGUUGAGCUGGGGGCUUCCACAGACCCCUUAUGGCUCCCCCCGCCCCCGCCCCUGCUGGAUGAGCAGGAUCUGUCCAUGGCUGACUUCCCUCCGCCAGAUGAGGCCUGCUUCCUGCUGCCUCCCCCACUCUUGCAGACGGAGUCUGGGGAAGCACCCUCUGUGGAAGCAGGUGGUGCAGAGCCCCCUCCAGACCCCCAAACAGCCAACCCUGCAGGGCAGGAAGAUGGAACACCUCCCUGCUUCCCCACCGUGGUGUCUGCAAACUUCCUGCAGCCAAGAAUUCUGCCCCUGCCACCCCCAAGCACAGAGCCGUGUCCACUUCCCAACCUUUCUCCAGGUGGAGAACUAUCCAGCUCUCAGUUGGGCUCCAGGCACCCCACUGCCUCAGGGGCUGCAGUGCCCUCCAGUAUUCCCCCCCAGAUUAAGAAGCCGCCCCCCAGCUCCCAUCCCGACCUCAAGAAGGAGCCUGCCACGCGCAGCAAGGCUGUCUCGGUGCCCAAGGAGGAUGCCAGCCUGCCCAUCGUUACACCAUCCCUGCUGCAGAUGGUCCGCCUGCGCUCAGUUGACGUGGAGGCCCACGGCCCUGGGAUCAGUCCAGCUGGCGGGCCCGUGACCUCCAUGGAGUCCAGCAGAGCAAACAUGGCCACAGAUGGGAAGACGGCCCCCUCAGCCCCCCAGAAGCCUCUCCGCAAGUCCCUGUCCUUGAGGGGGGGACAGCCUGCUUCGAAAGAGGGGCUUAACCCCCUGCAUGAGGCUGUGCGACUGAAGGCCUCCACCUUGACUUCCAGGGAAGCCAUGAGUCUCGGAAUGGCUGAGAGGAAGACUGGGAGCCGGAUGGCGCUGCCAGGCACCUCUUCUGCCCCGGCUAGCAACGGCCCGGUGUCCCCUCUCCACAAAUCCCCUGCCUCCACCGCCAGCUUCAUCUUUGCCAAGAGCCCCAAAAAGCUGGUCAUUGAAACUGCAUCCUCGUCGGAGGCCCAGGCCAGCCUGCAGAAAAACCUGGUGGCCGAAUUGAUGACUGUCUCCAGCCAGCGAUCCACAGCGGCCCCGGAGCUUCAUCUGCAGGGCUCAGCCAAGACCCCCAAGCACCAGAAGAUCCCCCCUCCCAUUGCCAAGAAGCCUUCUCUUGGGCCGGGGCGCAGGCCCUCCCCUCAAAGCCCAAAGCCCUCUGAAGCCGAGGAACCAGUGCUUGAGGAGAGGACUAAGGUGGGCUCUGGGAGCCGGACCUCUGCCUUGGAGUCUGGCGAUGGCAGCCCCCCAGCUGGACCUGACAAGCAGUUGCGGAGGAGCCCCACAGGACAAGACGGAAAAGAGGAGGUGGUGUGAAGGAGGACCCUACGAGGGCUGUUUGCCCGUAAGAUACAGGGAUUUUGAAAGAAAAAUAUUCUCAGGGACCUCUUAGGGCCAGAAGAGAAGCUUUGGUGGUGGCGCUGAAGAAAAGAACACCAACCUGCAGCCUUCUCCUGUGGCCUUGACAUUGAUGCAGCCGGGGGAGUGGCUUCAAAGUCCUCAGCAGCGCAACUCUCUCUUACACCCGGGGACAAAGGGGCGCAUCCCUUUCCCCCCUCCCGUCUCUCCCUGGACGCAAACCUCCUGUUGGUCCUGCUUGGUUUGGUGAUGUUGAAUCCCCCCCUCUCCCAUUUGGUGUGAGAAAACAGUUUAAGGUAGCAUAAGAUGAGGAGAACUCAGCAUCUGCCGGGAAGAUGGUCAAAACUGGAGCAGCUUGUUGCAGUUCACCCCCCCCCCAUGCCUUUUUAAUGGGUUGCAUUGUCUGUUGCUAUUCAGUGUGCAUUUGGGGAGUGGGGGGAGGAGAGAAAAUGGCCUGCGCUUGCACACCCAUGUGGCAUGGAAGCACUUUCUCAGUGGGACGUGAGGAGGACGGCCAUUGUGGGAAAUCCCUGCUCAGUCUUCCCGGACAGUGCUGGGUCCCAGAAGAGGCUCUGCUGGUAGUUUUGCUUUGGACUCCAGUGGGCAGAUUCUGGCUGUUGCAAACAGCUGAUUCCGGGUAGGGGGUGCCUGUAGGGAACCCCCCCUCACCUGCACCUGCUAAAAGCACAAAUGGCAGCCUGGAAGAUGGUGCAACUGCCAAAAGACACCAUUUUUUCCCAGUCUCUCUUCACCUGUGCGGUGAACGCUACCUUAGGGGAGCCCCCCCCCAAUGGGAGUGGGAGAAUCUCUGAGCUGUCUUGCAAUGGACAUGAGUAGUGAGCAGGCACCUGGCACAACACCGACAAGACUUAGCAAGCCCAGGCAGCUGUCUGGAAUGUAGCUGUUCACUGCCAAAAGAGCAAAAAAGCCACUGAAUUUUGCACCAAAACAUUCCAGUCCGGUCAUGAGAACAGAGGAUCCACUGACAAAUUGGGUAGGGGAACCACUUCAGGCCAGACUUUCCUUCUCCCCCUCCCAAGAAAUCCAAGUGAUAAGGUCAGGGGCGCCUGCACUGGAGUUUUAUUCGUGGUGAAUCUGCCCAUUUCUUGCCAAUGGGCCCAGAGAGAUGCAGAGUAAUUGGAUCCGAUUUGUAGCCCUUCUUUGGGGCGGCUGAAGCUGGGGGUGUAGAGAAGCUGGGGGUGCUGGGGGCCCAAAUUCCAUCCUUGGCUGAAGGGAAAGUCUGGAUGCAGAAACACUCGGGGGGGGGGGUGAGUCGGGAUGUCCCCAUCUGGCCAGGAGCAUCUGCAGUGUCCUUGUUAGGAUCUUCUCUCCCCCACCUGGCGUGGCCAGCAGUGGCUCAUCCCAGAGGUCUUUGUGGUACCCAGAAUGUGGUGAGGGCAGCCUCGGGCAUGGGAGCCCUCCAGGAUGGGUCCAGAUCACUUGCAACGCCCGUGUCUAGCCUUCUGGCUGGGAAGAUGGGAGCGCUCAGGUAGAGGCAGCUGCGGACAAGGGUGGUUUUGUGGUCUCCUGCCAGAAGUGCAAGGAAAGGGCUGGGCAUAGUUAACAAUGCUAAGUAACUAUUAUCUUCCUUAAUAGUCAACCUGGUUGGAGAAGACUCCGAGGAGACCCUCUGCAGAAGGGCAAAGGGGGAGCUGAGACCGGGGCUCUCCUGCCUUCCUAAACAACCACACGUGCCUGCCGUGGCAAAUGUUCUCCCCAGGUCCUCAGCCCCGGGGCACCCUGUGGGAGGCUUGCUACCAUCCUCAAGGAGAUCAGGGUGAGAUCAGGGUUUUCAGUCUCCACCAGAAGUCCAGCUGGACAUCGCUAGUGCACAUCCAGGCCUCUGUUCUUCGGCCCAUGUGCAAAGAGCAGGGGCCUCAGCAGGGGGGAGAAGAUGGUCAAGGCACCAUCCAGACUUGGGUGGCUGUCUGGAGAGCCAGCAGGGGAGGCGCUCACGGCUGCAAGGGAGACCAAAAAGCUCUGCCUGGUUUUCUCUCCCCCUCCCAAUUUCCCUUCCCCCCCCCUCGCUUUUUUCUUCUCUUGGACAGCUGGCAGCUGCUCUCUACACCUUGGAAAACUUUGGAGUCUGUUGAUUUGAUUUCCACUAUGGUAGAGAAAGAGAAGGGUUCCUUUUAAAAAAAAAAAAAAAGGUCAAUUCUGUUUUAAAAAAGAUGAAUGUGCAUUUGUAAAAUGACUGAUUAAAAGCUUGCUUGCUGAA